GUCAAGUGCGUCCGUCUCGGAAGGUAGUGGGCGGAGCCACGGGCGUCACGUGGCCACAAUCGCGACGUAUCCCUGAUCACGUGGGCUGACGGAGAAGGUGGGCCUGGCGGCGUAGGCUGAUAAAAAGCCUCCGAGGAGGCAGCAGUCUGAGGUACCCACCGGCUUCAGGCAGGCUUCAAUCAAACCGUUUCACCCAAGAACCACGUGGCAACCUGGCUCGAUGACUGUCAUCCAGUACCACUUGCAUCCACUCUGAAGUGUUUUGAGAGAAUGACGUGACUGGGGAGUCGGUGCUGUUCACUCAGAGCCCUGUAUUGUUUCACUUGACCCGGCUGCCUCCGUUAUGAAAGUAAAGGUGUUGCAGUGACCAUAGACACCAUGGUGGUGCCCCUGAUUGACACUCCCACUCCUCCCAAUAUGGUGGCAGAUGUGGUGUUCGUUAUUGAGGGAACGGCAAAUCUUGGGCCAUACUUCGAAUCUCUGCGGAAACAUUACAUUCUUCCGGCAAUUGAGUAUUUUAACGAUGGUCCCCCUGCAGAAACUGAUUUUGGUGGUGAUUAUGGAGGCACACAGUACAGCUUAGUUGUGUUCAACACGGUGGACUGUGCGCCGGAAUCGUACGUGCAGUGUCAUGCCCCCACCAGCAGUGCUUAUGAAUUUGUCACCUGGCUUGACAGUAUUCAAUUCAUGGGUGGUGGAGGGGAGAGCUGCAGCCUUAUUGCGGAAGGACUCAGUACAGCACUGCAGCUAUUUGAUGACUUCAAGAAAAUGCGAGAACAAAUAGGGCAGACCCGCAAAAUCUGUGUUCUGAUCUGUAACUCUCCUCCAUACCUCCUGCCAGCCGUGGAGAGCACCACGUAUUCAGGCUUCACAACAGACAAUCUGGUUCAGAUGAUCGGCGAUAGAGGGAUCCAUUUCUCCGUGGUCUCCCCUCGUAAGCUGCCUGCCUUGAGAGUGCUUUUUGAAAAAGCAGCCUUGAGUGGUGUCAUAGAGACUCAGCUAAAGGACUACAGCCAGGAUCCUCGCCAUAUGAUCAUGAUUCGGGGGAUAGUACUUCCAGGUGGAGGGACAGUAGCAACCAACACGGUGCCACAGAAGCCAGUCCCACCGCAGCCACAGUCAUCAGUACAACAGCAGCCAAGUCUAUUGUCCAGUCAGUCGCAGGCACCCCAACUGUCGCAAUCACAACCACCAUCUCAGCCCCAGGCAAUCCCUUCCGUCUCACAGGCAUAUCAGGGGCCCGCAGCAUCAGGCUCCCUUGCUGGUGCUCAGGCUGCAGCUCAGAUUGCCUUGGAAACAGCGACCAAUCAAGCGAAAGCAGCUGUGGUCCCAUCAACCAAUCGAUUUCCUGCAGUCAACCAGAUACCCCCUGUGUCGGGUGUCGGAGCGAUGUUCAGCCAGGCUACUUCGCAGACAUUAGCGUCCACCCCUGUGGCCAGUAUGGCCAAAGUCAUCCCAUCUACAGCGUCUAUGAUGACUGCGGCAGCAGCACAGUCGAGCCUGGUAUCCACGGUCACCACGGGAGUUCCACAGGCUACACAACAGGCCAGCCAGCAGUCCUUGACUGUAGGUGUUGGAACAAGCGCUGGAAAUGUGUGUGGAGUAACUGUAGCCCCCACACCCGGUUCAGUUGCCAAUAAAAUCCUAGCGUGGAGCGGGGUCUUGGAGUGGCAGGAGAAACCUAAACCGGCUUCGGUAGAUUUAAAUGCGAAGCUCACACGUUCUCUUCCGUGCCAGGUGUACGUGAACCCAGGAGAGAACCUGAAGACAGACCAGUGGCCUCAGAAGUUGAUCAUGCAGCUUAUCCCACAGCAGCUGUUGACAACUCUUGGCCAUUUGUUCCGGAAUUCUCGGAUGGUCCAGUUCCAGUUCACAAACAAGGAUUUGGAAUCGUUAAAGGGCCUUUAUCGAAUUAUGGCCAAUGGCUUUGCAGGCUGCGUCCAUUUCCCACACAGUGCUCCGUGCGAGGUCAGAGUCUUGAUGCUGCUGUACUCCUCCAAGAAGAAAAUCUUCAUGGGUCUGAUUCCAAAUGAUCAGAGUGGCUUUGUGAAUGGAAUCCGACUGGUCAUAACCAACCACAAGAAAGCCCAGCAGCAGAAAAUCGAACAGCAGAGAAAUCAACUUGGGGGGACGCAGCAGAUGGGAACUGGGUCAAUGCCCAAUCCAGCCUUCAUGCAGAAGCCGCCUGGAGCAAUGCCAGUAUCUCAAGCAGUGCAGCAGCAGCAGAUACCAGGACAGCCGGUGACCACCUCGAUACCCCAGGUUCACACGGUGACAACGAUGGAUGACCAGCAACGACAACAGAAUCUGCAGCAGCAGAUGCAGCUCAGAGCGCAGGCUGCGACACAGCAGCAGCAGUCCAGCGGCCCGCCCCAGAGUCAGCCUCCGGCUCCGCAGCAGGCGGGCGCCCUGCUCCGGCCGCCCAACCCUGGCGCUAACCCUCAGCUCCGCAGCCUGCUGCUCAGUCAGCAGACGUCGCAGAGUGGAGUUCCACAGGCCCAACAACCCAUGCACCACAUCCAGCAGCAAGCCUCUCAGAUGAUGUCUCACCAGCCCAUGGGUCAACAGAUGCCCCAUCACGCCCAAGGACAGCAGCUGCAGAUGCAAGGACAGCAGCUGCUGCACCAAGGUCCUGGGCAACCAUGGGGCAGUCAGAUGGCACAGCGACCGCCUUUACAAGGUCAAAUGAUGAUGAGUUCAGGUCCACGAGGUCCAGUUGCCCAGGCUGGACUGCAGCAAGGUACGAGUCUGCUGGAGGAAGAAAUUCUGAUGGACCUUAUCUAAAACUUCUCAAGUUUGACCUGCCUUGUCAAAGGUUAUGGUCGUGGCAUUGAGAAACCUAGACUUGUGUAGGGUCGUGAGAUGCUCUCUACCCAUGCAGACCAAAGAAUUCUUAAUUAGAUAGGUGGACAGCGGUUGGGAACUGUUUGUGUCUGUAUGUGGGAUUUUUAAAAAUAUACAGUAUUUAGAUUUUUCAUAAAAUUAGAGGAUUGAAUAGAGCAAUUAAGACAGUUCUUAUGAACCUAUCUUUUAAGAGGACAGAAGCAUUUUUGAGUACUGCAGUUUGAUUGGUUUGUAUUAUUUUUGCUCAAUCUGUAUUAAAUUGAUUACUGCAAUUUCUUUAAAUGAUUUGAAAAGCAGCCUACAACCUCAAUAGUUGUAUUAAGUAAGUUUAAUUUGCUCAGUUAAAGUUUAUUACUUAAAUCCUCUGUGAAUCAGUGGAUGUGAAGAUUUGUUAUUAUCAGUCUCAGCGCCUUCAGCCUCAAUAGUGGCAGAUGGAAAUGGUCUUUUCUGAUCCAUGCUGACAAAAUAAGUUUAUCGAAAGGCAGAACUGCAAUGGAUUUCUCUACUUGUAAGUAAUAAACAUAACUAAAAGAUGGAAGUUCUGUUAAUGCCCUAGUUUCAACCUGGAAGCUUCAAGAUACAUUUUAAAAAGCAGAAGUGUUGUAGCUGAGAUUCGAGACGGUGCAGGGUGAGAAUGACAGUGGGGCAGGGCAGUGUCGAGUCUGCAGAGCAAGGCUGGAGCACAGUGGGUGACAUGGUCGUAUAGUGGUUAGUACAGUGCUAUUACAACACGAGCAACCUGGGUUCAGCUCUGCCAGUGUCUGUAACAGUUGUUCGUUCUUCCUGUGACCAUGUAGGUUUCCUCUGGGUGCCUGGGUUGCCUCCCACAUCCCCAAAGAUGCACGGGUUGGCAGGUUAAUUGGUUAAUACACCCACCUGGGUGUAAUUGGGCAGCAAUGGCUCGUUGGGCUGGAAGGGCCUGUUAGCGUGCUUUAUCUCUCAGUACAUUUUUCAAAAGCAAAGGUUGAAUGGAGACACAAGAGGCUGCAGAUACUGGAAUCAGGGGCACUGGACCAUCCACUGGAGGGGCUCAGCAGGCUGAGAAGCACCUGUGUGGGGGGGUAAAGGAAUUGUCGACAUUUCAGGUCUAAAUCAUGCAUCCAUCUGGAAAAUCUCUCAGUCCAGCUAUGAUUAAAGUCCUGCGUAUGUCCCGAUUAUGGGAGUCCUACUGUAAUCACUCAUUAUUGUGCUCACGAGUGCGAUAAGCUGCGUCCCACAAGAUUCAGUUCCCUACUCCAUGGGGUGCUCCCUUAAAUCCAUUCUCAAUAUUUCAGCAUUUUGCUUCCUAUCAUAAUGGCCGCUUCACUUACUCAAAUUUGGGUUGACCCUUUCAGAAACUAUCCGGGAAUCAGAAAACAGGAUUUAACCUUUUUUAUACCGUGGACCCCUACCGUUAACUGAGGGGUCUGUGGGCCCAAGACAGGAACCCCUGAUUUAGAAGUUAGUAUUUUGCAGCUUCCAGUUAGAAGAAUUGGCGAUAUAUAACGUCUGUUACAUUUAUAGAAAAGUGUAAAGAGGACCUGAAUUUCUGUUUAUUGAGCAACUAGUUCACAAGGUAAACUA